AAAUGAGUUAUCCACAAAAAGUGUUGAACUGUAAGUGCUGUUACCACUUGUGUACCUUCUAUUUAUCAAAAAUGCCAAGAUUACUAGCACAGAUUAACGUCCUGUGUCUUUAAAAUGGAGUUGUCAUCACAUCUUGCUUGUAGUCAGUGCACAGACCAGUGGUGGCUUCGCUAAUCGGUGCUUUCACUAAAGCUAGAGGGUGCUGUAGUCAACAGGUACCAGAACAACAAGAGGAAGUCCAGAGGGAGCCUUUGACUCAAAGGAAACUGCAGCUCUGGCUCAACGGCUGUGCAUGAAAGAUGAGGGACAAAUCGUUUCAGCUGUUGACAUCAGUGGGUUUGGGACAGUCACCAGCUCAGUUCUGUUACAGUUUGUUCCAUGUAGCAGAAAUAACAGUUUAAAAGGUGCAUGUAGGAAAUAUUUUACAUUUUCUUUGAACUGUGUAACUGUGGUUCGCAGUGGGGAUUGCCGUCAGUCUACACUGUAUGACAAAAAAUCUUUACUCUGCAUGUUUAUCCUUUGGAUUAAUUCGUGACUGUCAGUAGAGUAAGAGUAAAUUUAAGCUGCAAACAGCCACCUUCACGCCAUUUACCACCAUAUAACAAUUUACCUUCAACAGUUUUCAACCCACAACUUACCCUUUGCUGGGAGAUCGUCAAGCUUCGUUUCACGGCGUAAUGGUAAUGUGAGCGGGGACCGCACUGGGUCAUUAAUGCAAAACUCCUCAGCGCUGUUCGGGAUGGUGAGCCACUGCCAGACCCCUGCUUUCACCGACUUCACUGGCUUGACGCUCUCCGUGUACGGCAGCAAGGGAGACAUCUGUGCGCGACGAGCAGGGAACGGCUUUGGAUCGCAGAUUUGCCGGAGCCCUCAUGACACCCCGACUCACAUGAACUGCGCCAGCCCGAAGCGACUCUCCGCGUCCGAGGAAAAAGCGCAUCUGUCAGGCAAAACUGCGCGCUUGUGCUUCUCUCUCCCACCGGUGCAAGUGAAUGGGACCUACUGCUCAGAGAAGGAUGCAAAUGCUGAGCUGGGCAAUGCCGAGGGCCCCCUGAUGCGAUGUGGGCAGAGCCUGCUGCUUCCAGCGGGAGGUCAUUCGGAGGGGCUUUACUCCCAGAGCCUCCAGUGCAGCAGACCUACACCUGACCUCCUUCUGCAGGAUGGGCCUCAUCAAGACGCCAGAUCCUCCUCUGCCUUCGGGAGGACCCUGCCAGGGGCCUCACCCAGCCUGGGCUGCGGCGCCAGCGGCGUUCGCUCCUCUCUCCCUUACCCAGUCAAACAGGAGAGCUCGAUGGGCUACAAGAUCUCCAACGUGGAGUCUUCAUCUCAGGCUGGAUUUCAGGCCCACGCUGCAGGCCAAGUUUUGGAGGUGGCCAGGGAUGAGAUGGUUGGGUCACUGCAUAUUAGCAACAGCGGUAAUGGCGUAUGUGCAGUGAGCGGUGUAGGUAGCGCUGUGCCAGGAGACGCAGGACAACCGUUUAAUAAUGAAGAUGGCUCCUCCCCGCUGGCUUUGUCUCCAAUUGGCUCCCGUCAUUCAGCGCGGCUGCUCAGCGCUGGCAGUCUGAAGAGACGCUGCCUGUCCCUGGCCUCGCAAUCCACCGCCGCUGCUGCCACCGGUUCCCCAUCAGCUGUUGGCACCGCUUCUGAGGAGAUCAAUAUCACCGCAAUCAUCUGCUCCUCCUCCCAGAUGUCGAUGGUCGCCUGCGUCAACGGGUUCCGUGCUAACCUCUCGCCAAGCAACACCAGCAGCGCCGGCUUCUCUUCCUCCUCCUCCUCCUCUACUGCUUCCCCACCCUCUAACUCCUGCUCACGGGAAGCCCCCCAGAGGCCCCCACCACACAGCAGCCCCCAGCAGGCUGCACUGCAGGAGAGCUGUCAGCUGUCCUCACCUGCCACCUGCCUGUUGUCUCUUUCCUCUUCCUCAUCCUCUUCUUCAGUGUCAUUAGGGGAGCCGGAGCAAGGCCAAGGGCAGAGCCUGGGGCUGUGCGAGGAGCAGGGCUCCAUGCUGCAGGGGCGUGGGGCUGGAGGAACAGCUGAGGGAGGAGGAGGAGGAGGCUCAGACGGGUUGGGGCUACUGAUGAGUGGGGCCCUGAUGUCUGGGACUCUGCAUUCGGGGCCUCAGGGUGGGGGUCUCCCAGAUGGGGGCCAAAGAUCUGGGGCUGUCCUCAAGCAGGAACCGCUCGACGACUUCUCUCCCAGCGAAGACAAACUCUUUCAGCACCACUAUCAUCAUCACCAUCACUUAAGUGGGCGCAGUGGGAAUCUUCGUCACGCUCACCACCCACCUCGAUCGGCCAUGCCUCCGCCUUACCACUUGCACCAAUAUGUGGGGCCCACUCCCAACGGCCCACUACACCAUCACAACCAGCAGACAACUCCAGGCUCUUCCCUCGGACUCAAGCCAACCUCAGGAGGCCCUGCGGUGGCCCACGCAGCCCCCGAGCCGGAAGAAGUCGGAGGAGGAGGGCUGGUGGAUAAACAGGUGUGUCGCUGGAUUGACUGCAGUGCUGCUUUUGAGCAGCAGGAGGAGCUUGUGAGACAUAUUGAAAAGGUCCACAUCGACCAACGCAAAGGUGAGGACUUCACCUGUUUCUGGGCUGGCUGUAUUCGGCGCUACAAGCCCUUCAAUGCACGCUACAAGCUGCUCAUUCACAUGAGGGUCCAUUCUGGAGAGAAACCCAACAAGUGUAUGUUCGAGGGCUGUAACAAAGCGUUUUCUCGUCUGGAGAAUCUGAAGAUCCACCUGAGGAGCCACACAGGAGAGAAGCCGUACCUGUGCCAGCACCCUGGCUGCCAGAAAGCUUUCAGCAACUCCAGCGAUCGGGCCAAGCAUCAGCGCACUCACCUGGACACGAAACCGUAUGCAUGUCAGAUCUCCGGUUGUACCAAGCGCUACACGGAUCCCAGCUCCCUACGCAAACACGUCAAGAUCCACUCAGCCAAAGAGCAACAGGUGCGUAGGAAGCUUCGGCCCUGCCCUCACCUGGAGCAGGAUGUCCUGAGCGACUGUCUGUCCAUGCAGCACCUCCAGAGCUCCACCUCUACGCAGCACCUCUACAAUGGCAAAGAUGGCCAUUCUCCUGCAUUGGGCCAAGACAUGUUCACAGGCCUGUACACUGGCUCCAGUACCCCCCAUCACAGCGCCCCAGUGGAGCUGCUCACCCCCACCCCCAACUCUGGCUCCACCGCUGACCUGCCGACCCGACAGCACCGACUGGAUCGAGACCUCGGCAGCCCUCACCACCUGUCCCCGCUGGCUGCCAUGGACGGCACGAGAGACGGGGUGUCGGGUUCCCUCCUGUCUCCUGGGAUGAAGACAGCGGGGACAUCGCCUCCUCCACUGGAGAAACAGCAUGUCCACCCUCACCACAAGCUUUACCCUCACUAUCACCAGCAUCAGCCUGCCAGCGACGAAUACCAAGGCAGCUUCCAGAGCUGCUUCCAUUUCGGAGACUCCUACAGGAUGGAGCAGACAGUCGGUGGCGUCCACGUCCCGGGAGAUUCUCACACCUACACUUCACAUCAGCCCAAUGGCUUCCACAUGUCGACGAGCAACACCGGCUCUGCGGGCUUCAGCUUGACCCAGGAGCUGCAGGGAGGCGGUGGUUGCCAGUUCUUAUCCAGCCCAGAGGAUAGCAUUUUCUUCCAGGUGGGCAGCUUUGACCGUAGCUUGAGCCACAUGUCCUCCAUCUACACAGAGACAUAAAGGAACACCAGAGCAAGACAGGCUUCACCACACUACUCCGCGGUCCUUCCUCAUGCAUCCUCACACGCUUAGAUCUUUUUUUUCUUCAGUUCUGGUUUCAUUUUUCCAAAAACAGAACAAAGAUCACAUUGUAAGUGGGUUAUUCUGACUUAAGUGCAAGAUAGAAACCAAUAAAGUGGAAAAAAUAAGGCUAAAUAUAAUGUAAAUGCAACUGUGACACUGAAUGGAAAUGGCUUCAGUGGCAAAAACAAUGGUAGUGUUUCCCAACCUUUUUUUUCCCUCAUGACUCCUUAAAACAUUAAACUGUCUUCUUAUGAUUGCGCCUACUCAGCUGCAUCUGCUUUGAUCAGUUCAAGCAAACAAAUACUGACUUCUUUUGUACAACAUGAAUAACUUCAAAGGCCAAUGUACAAGUAAUAACACUAAAAUAAGCACGAGACUACAAAAAGGUUUGAAAAAAGGACACCAGUGUUUGAAUAGUCUGAUAAUGGGGCACCCCAUCAUGAAAACAGUCAGAUAUUUCUAUUUCUAUUAUGGAAACUUCCUGCAGUCUUUAAAUUCGUUCUAAUUCAUGCUAAUGCUAAUUGGCAUUCAGACUGAAAAACAAAAAUCCUGUUGGGAUAAAGGUCCAAGUUACCAGGCUGCAAACUGCUGGGCACGAUCGGCAAAUAAAUGUUGUUGAUGGUGCAGGUUUUAGUCUGUAAUGCGCCUCGAGGCAACAGCUGUUGGCGCUAUAUAAAUAAAACUGAAUUGAAUUAAAUGUUAUUAAAUGACAUUGACAUUGAAACCUGCACACAGACAGUACAAUCAGCUCGAGCUUCUACAUACAACAUCUCAUUUUAACACCACAAACCUCUCCUCUCCUCCUCUUUGUUUUUUUUCUCGGUAAUCUACACGUCUGCUCCACACUGACGUGUAGAGGAGAAUAUAACGUUUUGCAGUGAAGUUUUAUCAGUGGGGAAAAAAAGUUUGCAUUUCUCUUGUUAAGUAGUUUUUUGUUUUUUUUGGCUUUUGGAUUUAUCUCGGGAGGAGGGUUUGGGCAGAGAAACCAUCCUACUUUAUUAUAAUUAUUAUUAUAUGUAUAAAAUGUACAGUUUGUUUACAGCAAUCAUUUGAAUGUUUGUCAUUCCUCAGUUUAAGAAAUAAAUAACUGAA